GUGUUGACGCCGGUGUUCUUCCUGGUGAUCGCCCUCGUCGUGGCCAAGACGUUUCCCGGCGUCGAAGACUCUCGUCCUCUUCUCAUUUCACUCCAACCGUACCGAAACCCGCAAGUGACGGCUGGGUGCGAGGAGGACAUGGCGCCUUUCCUCCAAGGCGUCUUCCACACUUACUUGAAUUAUCUGAGUGCUGACUUCGGGGAGGAGGUGUACGUGCCUGUCAACAAGACCGUGGAGGAUUUCCUCAUCGAAAAGGGGAAGGAGGAUGUGUACUCCUACAACCUGAGGUACGUGAUGGGGUCGACGUUCGUGAACCAGACCGUCGCGGUGGCGCUGUUCAACGGGAGACCCCUGCACUCGCCCCCGCUGACGCUGUCCGGGCUGGAGAACGCCAUCCUCAAGACCCUUUUCAAUUGGUCCUUCUCCAUCUCCGUGGUGAACCACCCGCUUCCCCUCUCCGAGGACGAAGAGUUGGAGGAGUUGAGAGAAACGGGAGGAGCAUCGGCAGUGGGAUUCCAAGUGGGAUUCAACCUGGCAUUCGGCAUGAGCUUCCUCGUCUCGGGCAUGGUCAUCUUCCUCGUCCGGGAGCGGAUGACGAAGUCCAAGCACCUGCAAUACGCGUCGGGUCUUCGCUUUUGGCUCUACUGGGCCUCCGCCUUCAUUUGGGACUUUGCGGUGUUCAUGGUCACCGUGGCUGGGAUCUACCUCGUCUUCGUCCUCUUCAAAGAGGAUGGAUUCACCAAAUCCGAAGAGCAAGUGAGGAUCUUGCUGUUGUUCGCGGCUUACGGUUUUGCCGUGAUCCCCAUGACGUACCUCACCUCGUUCCUCUUCACCAUCCCCUCCACCGGAUACACCCGAAUGAGCAUGUUCAACAUCUUCACUGGGGUCGCUGCUCUGUUGACGGUGGUGGUCCUCCAAAUCCCGGAUUUGGAUUUGGUGGACGUGGCGGACACUCUGGAGUGGGUAUUUCUGAUUCUCCCUAAUUUUGACCUGGGGAUCGGAAUCAACUACCUCUAUAGCAAUGGGAGGAUCAACGAAUUGUGUCCCAAUUCCUGUAUGGACCUGGAAAUACCUUUGAUAGAUGAUGGGCCCUUGAACUUAACGUUGGAAGAAUGCUGCGAAUGUGGCCUGCUGUUCAAUCUCUCCAAUCCCUGCUGUGGACCGGUGACGGGCUUUUGUGGAAAUAAUAUGCCCUGCCUGGACUGGUCGACUAAUUUCUUCGCUUUAAAAAAACCAGGAGUGGGAAGAAUGGUUUUAGCCUGUGUCUUCUUGGGCGUUUUCUUCUUCUUUCUCCUUUUUCUCAUCGAAAUCAAGUUCCUUCCCUACAUCUACAAUCUCCUCAAGGAUCGCCUUGUAUAUCGCGGCCGUAAGGAGUUGCCAUCCGAGGAGGAGUUAGAAGACGAGGACGUAGCCAGGGAACGAUCACGGAUCUUGCAAACGCCCAAGCAGCAACUCUUUCAAAGCGAUAGUAUCAACGGAGCCGGGAAGACGACGACGUUCAAGAUGAUCACGGGCGACGAGCCCAUCUCCCACGGGGAUGUCUACCUCGAUCAAUUCUCAGUCCGGCGGGACGUGAAGAGCGUGCAGCAGCGCUUGGGCUACUGCCCCCAGUUCGACGCCCUCAUCGACCACAUGAGCGUGGAGGAGACGCUGUGGAUGUUCUCCCGAUUGAAGGGCAUCCCCGAAUCCAACAUCCGGCCCCUCGCCGAGAGUCUCAUCUCCGACCUUCUGCUUCAAGCGCAUUGCGGAAAACUCGUCCGGGAACUCAGCGGCGGAAACAAGCGGAAGCUGAGCACCGGAGUGGCGCUGAUCGGCGACCCCCCGAUCACGUUCCUCGACGAACCGACGACCGGGAUGGACCCCGUCGCCAGGCGACUCCUCUGGGACUCCAUCGCCCGGGUCCGCGACUCUGGGCGGUCCAUCAUUCUCACCUCGCACAGCAUGGACGAGUGCGAGGCCCUGUGCACGCGCCUGGUGAUCAUGGUGAACGGGAGGUUCCAAUGUCUGGGGUCUCCCCAGCACCUCAAGGGGAAGUUCGGUCAGGGCUACACGCUCAUCGUCAAGUUGAAGCCCGAGAAUCUUUCGAGGGAAACCGGAGCUGUCAGGCCCAGCACCACCGCCAGUGUCCUCCAGAGAUGGAGCAGCAGCGCGAAGGCGAGGGGAAGGCGAUCGAGCAGCCUGAAGGAGAGGGUGGACGAGGAGCCCACCACCAAGCGACUUCACGAAUACGUCAUGGAGAAGUUCCCAGGUAGCAUCUUGAAGGACUAUCAUCGAGGCCUCGUCACUUAUCAAGUGAUCGAUCCCAGCCUGAACUGGUCCCGGAUCUUCCAACUCAUGGAAUCCGCCAAGGACGAAUUCCACAUCCAGGACUACUCCGUGUUCCUCAAUUUCGCUCAGAGGCAGCAAGAAUCUGAGAAAUCGCUGAAAUUGCAAACGCUUCUGGUCGCCUAUGGGUUCGCCUCGAGUCCAUAUGAAGCCGAUUCCGCUCGAGAACGUGCAGGAUUACGCCAGUACUGCGAGCAUGCCCCGGUACUCCUUCGGUUCCCCGACGAGUCCCCGUGA